AUGCUCCUACUCUAUAGACAAAUCCAUACUCCUCCCUCACCUCCAGAUCCCGCACCAUCCCAUACGGCUCCUCCCCAGGCGCAUGAGAAAGAUACACAAAUCGAUACUCCUCCCUCACCUACACAUCCCGCACCACCCCAUGCGGCUCCUCCCCAGGCGCAUGCGAAGAAGAACCCACACCCCAACGGCGUGAUCCGUGAUUUCUUGCGCAAGACAUUUCAGAAGAAAGCACCGGAUCGUCCUUGGUACACGAAACCUCUGAAAGCUCUGGCCGAACAGUAUGCGAAAGAUGGCGAUCCUGAGCGAGAUCUGAAAGCGGAAAACGAGCUGCGUAAGGCAAGUGAGCAGUCGCGACAGAAAUCCGAGGAAGCUACUCUUAAGGCCAAGCAAAAUCCCGGACCAAUACUGAAAGAAUCCGAGAAAGCCGUGAAGCUGGCGAACCAUCUUCGCAUGGGAAAUGCCGCGGAGAAAAUGGCGGAGAGAUUAUUCAGGAAACAUGCCCAUCCCGAUAUACUACGAGUACACGAAGAGCACUUUAGAUCCAAUUAUGGGGAGUUCUCGGCCGCGUAUCAUCAUGUAUGA